GCCAAUUCCAGCUACAAUCCUGACAUCAUGAAGACUGUUUGGAUUUUGUUUGUGCUCAUGAAUUUGGGCACAUUCCUGAAGACAGGAAACUGUGUCGAAGUACACGAUCAAGUUCUGGCAAUCAUCCCAAAAACUCAAGAACAAGUGGAAGUCUUGAAGAAUGUGUCCUCUGAGGAUGAGUUAGCCUUAUGGCAGCCCGUUUCACCUCAGUACAUCGGAGAACAAAGUGAUGUUCGCCUGUUUGUUCCUGCCACAAAGUUAGACGCUGUGAAGGAUCUGCUGCAGAGACAUAACAUAACACAUGAGGUGUUAGUGGCCAACACCAGGGCGCUGAUUGAAAUGCAGACGGACGACUCCACAGACGUACAAAGAAGCUCAAAUUUCUACGAGAGAUAUCACAAUCUGGAGGAGAUCUAUGACUGGAUUAACAGUACUGCCCAGGAUCACCCCACCAUGAUAAAAACCAUUCUUAUUGGCUCCUCCAGUGAGAAUCGACCUCUCUAUGUCUUAAAGUUGUCUAUGAAUAACAGAGAGGAUAAAAAAGCCAUGUGGAUUGACUGUGGCAUCCACGCCAGAGAGUGGAUCUCUCCUGCUUUCUGCUUGUGGUUUGUAAAGCAUUCUUUGUCAUCAUACAAUGUCAGCCAAGACAUCACUGAUAUCCUGGACAACAUGGACGUCUACAUCCUUCCUGUGAUGAACCCUGAUGGUUACAACUACACAUGGACCACUCUGAAAGUGAAUGAAGCAGAGCUGGAAAGUGCCUGUGCAGUUGUAAAGCAGAAAUGUCAGCUGAUUUAUGAUGUGUCUGAUUGUUGUCUCAAGAACAGGAUGUGGAGGAAGAACUGUUCUGCCCGCAAUGGCAGCCGCUGCAUGGGUGUCGACCUGAACAGGAACUUUGAUGCCAACUGGUGCACGGAAGGAGCCUCUCAUGACCCCUAUAACGACACCUACUGCGGUGCCUCCCCUGAGUCGGAACCAGAGUCUAAGGCCGUGGCCGACUUCCUGCGGAGCCACAAAGACACGGUCCAGCUCUACAUCAGCAUCCACUCCUACUCUCAGAUGCUGCUCUUCCCGUACUCGUACAAGGAGGAGAAGGCAGAGAACCACAAUGACCUGCUUGAGAUGGCCCAAGAAGCAGCCCAGAAAAUUAAGGAACUUUAUGGGAAUGACUACGACUACGGUCAAGGAGCGAUGACUUUAGAUUUGGCUCCUGGUGGUUCAGAUGACUGGGCAUAUGACCUUGGCAUCAAAUACGCUUUCACCUUUGAGCUGCAGGACCGCGGGCAUUACGGCUUCCUCCUGCCUCCAUCUAACAUAUCCAGUGCGUGCAAUGAAGCUCUGACUGCUGUGAUGACCGUCGCUCUGAAGGUUGUGGAGAAAACACAAGCUCCAACAAGUCCUCCUACAAGUCUCUAAGCAGCUACGUCUGCCUGACAAUUAAUUUCUGAUUAAUUAUCGUAUGAUGUUCUGUACUGUAACUGUAUUAUCUCUCAAAGAAUAGAUUCUGGUUGUUAAUCUAGGUCAUACUUGGUCUAUGUGGAGCUUUCAUUAGAAUAAUUUUCUAGAUGAGUGUGAAGCAUCAGUUUAAAUGCUGAAAUAAAACAAGAAAGAAGAACAAGGUGAGGAAAGUGACUUAGAAUGUCCAUCGCGUUUUAUUGCACCAUCUAAACAAUGUUUUACAUUUUUGGAUUCCUUCACUUUACUCUUUCAAAAAUGGAUGCAGAUGAAAUAAUAGAAAAUAGGAAAUUAACAUGCCAAAUAAAAUGACAUUUGAAUUAGCUGCA